CUCCUUGAGACUACCGAAAGCUUCUGUGUUGAAAAAGCUGCCCAAUAUGGCUAACUGCAACAUGAACUGUGUCAGAGCAACCCUGUUUUUGUUGACCAUUUUCAUCUGUUUUGGCCAUUUCUCAGUCUCUGCCUUUGAGUUCCAAGUAGGUGGAACCAAAGAUUGGGUUGUGCCUCCUACUAAUGACAGCAAAAUCUACAACGACUGGGCCUCCGGAAACCGGUUCCUAGUAGGCGACACCAUCCGUUUUAAGUACAAGAAGGACUCUGUUAUGGAGGUGACAGAGGAAGAGUUCAAGAAAUGCAAUUCAACUCGCCCCAACUUCUUCUCCAAUACUGGAAACACAGUUUACCUGUUUGACCACGCCGGCUCUUUCUAUUUCAUCAGUGGAGCUUCUGGGCACUGCCAGAGAGGACAGCGCAUGAUCGUUAAGGUGAUGUCCUUGGAGGAAUCUCCUUCCAGCGACCGCAGAUCUUCUGGCUCUCGUGCUGCGGUUUUCUCAGUCUUCGUUCAGUUUGUUGUGUCCUAUGUUGCUUGUCUUCUCUUCUAGUUGACAUGUUUCAUUCGUUUGUGUAAUGUUAAUUAGGAUGUUGACUGUUGAUGUUUAAUUCGAUUUGGUCGUAUUGUUGCCGUGUUUAGAUAUUCUAGUUAGUUUCUAGAUUCUUUGUUUAUGUAGUAGCAGGUACCAACAAACGAUGUUUAAG